GGAUAUAAAGACGAGUCGGCCAAGACAGGUUCACGCUGCUUCUUAUCGUUUGUUUAAUACUUCUUCUGCGCAUCCGAAGCGAACUCGAAGAACUCGAAUAGAACAAGCACAAAUGUCUGGACGACCUCCUGCGCCAUCCGUUCCUGAAGGAUGGCUCGCGAAAUUUGACGAUCGCUACAACACAUACUACUACGUCGACACCGCCACCGGCAAAUCCCAAUGGGAGAAACCCGCCGGCGCAAUGGGCGGCGAUGCUCCUCCACCCUACGCCGCCAACAACACUGAUCCCAAAGCAAUGCCCCAGCAAGCAGGCUACGCCGGCGGCUACCCUCAGCAGCAGAUGUACCCCCAGCAAGGCGGCUACCCUCAGCAGCAGCCCUACUACCCCCAGCAGCCCUACUACCCUCAGCAAGGAGGCUACUACCCCCAGCAGCCCUACUAUCCCCAGCAGCAGCCCGUGUACGUGCAGCAGCAGCAGGACUCGCGGCGCAAGGGAGGAAUGGGCAUGGGCACCGGACUCGCCAUGGGCGCGGCCGGCGGUCUGCUCGGCGGUAUGCUGAUCAGCGACAUGAUGACGCCGGAUUACAUGCCUCCUCCCGGCGGCGACUUUGGAGGUGGUGGUGACUUUGGCGGCGGUGAUUUUGGCGGUGGUUUCUAAUUGCUCAGAUUAUGAGUAUGAAGAAGUUUUGGGGUGCCGUGACGAUUAUAAUACUCUUUUUUCUUUGUCUGCGUUUUUUGGUUCAUAAUAGUGGCGUUUGCUUUCGUUUCCUAUCAGUCUUGUCCUGAUCCGUUGUUUUGUAUUUGUGGCAUUGAUCACGGUAGUUUAAUUGCAAUAAUUCAAUCUCAUUUCACACAUAU